AUGUUCUCCAGAGCUUCUCUCGCCGUCAUCCUCCCUUUCCUCGCUUUGAUUGGCACCAACGCCUCUCCCACCGACAAUGAGAAACGUGCCGCCAUAACCACCAGCCAGACCGGAACUUCAGGCGGGUACUACUAUUCCUUCUGGGUCGAUGAAUCCGGCGAUGUGCAGUAUACCAACGGCAACGGAGGCGAAUACAGCGUCACCUGGAGCGAAGGAAGCACCGACUUCGUCGCUGGGAAAGGCUGGCAGACAGGCAGUGCUAGGUGCGUAAGGGGCUUUUCCACGGAUACAGAAUGCGAGACGUCCAGCUGACACCUGUUUCCGAAAGGGACAUCACCUUCUCGGCCGACUACGAUCCCGCAGGCGAGAACACGUACCUCUCCGUCUACGGCUGGACGACCAACCCUCUGCAUGAAUACUACAUCACCGAAUCCUACGGCGACUACAACCCGGGCACCGCUGGCACGCACCUCGGCACGGUGAGCAGCGAUGGGUCGACAUACGACAUUUACACCGCGACCCGAGAGAAUGCUGCUUCGGUGGAGGGGACUCAGACGUUCACUCAGUUCUGGUCCGUCCGGCAGAACAAGCGGACUUCGGGCACGGUGACGACGCAGAAUCACUUCAAUGCGUGGGCGGCUGCUGGGCUGAAGAUGGGCACUACGUUUAAUUAUCAGAUUGUUGCCGUGGAAGGGUACAAGAGCAAGGGAACGGCGACGGUUACCGUUGGAUAG